AUGUCUGAUUCGGCAUCGAGUUCAGCAAUCGUAUUGGGAUGCUCUGUAGCAGUUGUAUCAUCAGCUAUUCAAUCACUUGGAGUCACAUUACAAAGAAGAUCACAUUUAUUACACAUUCAGCUACCGUCGACCUCAAGUUCUACUACAAAUGAAUGUUCAUUUUUGAACCCAAAUAAUAAUACGCAUCAUCAGCAACAAAAAUAUAGAAGAAACAUGUGGUAUCUAGGUUUUUCUAUGUUUAUAAUUGCGAAUGUUGUAGGAUCAGCAGUUCAAAUUUCAACUUUACCGUUAAUAAUAUUGUCACCAUUACAAAGUAUAGGGCUAAUUUUUAAUUCAAUAUUCAGUUGUCUACUACUACCAGGGGACCAUUUCACAAAAAAAUUAUGGGUUGGCACGGGAGUGAUUGCAAUCGGUGCAUUUACCAUUGCCUAUAAUGGAUCAAUUCCACCUUCGUUGAAUGAUGACCCAAUUCAUAAUAUAGAUAAAAAAUUCAAAAUUAUAACUGACAAAUUAUUAGAUCCAUCUUUUUUAGUCUGGUUCAUUGGUACUUUUAUCUUCAUGGGCUUUCUUGUAGCUAUAAAUAAAUUUUAUUUGGAUAAAAAAAUUAAGGAGAAUCAUCAACAUAGACAAAAAUUUGCAAUAAGAGGUGGAGAUAAUAAUGUUUUGGUAGUGAAGUUCAAUAAGUAUCAGUUUUGGAAAGGUAUAAACUAUGGUAUCGUGAGUGGAACUUUAACUGCUCAUACUUUUUUAUUUGCAAAAUCAAUAAUAGACGUUAUCAUAGAAACAAUAAUGAAAGAUGGAUUUAAAAACAUUUUCAAGAUUCACAACUUUGUUCCAUAUUUAUUAUUGAUAACUAUGUUUUGUAUUGUUGGAUUGCAACUAACGGCAUUCAAUUUAGGUUUAGCCCAAAUUACUACUGCAAUAUUGUAUCCAUUAUGCUUCUUGGUAUACAACUUGAUUAAUUUGAUUAAUGAUUUAAGUUUUAAUAAAUUAUUAGUUGACCACAAGAUGACAUAUUUUCAAUUUACUUGGGUUUUAAUAGGUUUGACUGGUGUAUUAGUUGGAGUUUUAAUUUUAAGUUGGGAUAGUGCAUUCCAACCGGGAUCUGAUAAUGUUUCAGCUGAGGAUGGUGGAGUAUCUUUCAACGAGGGUGGUUACACGGACUAUGUUAUUAGCUUAAAAACAAAUGAUUCUGAUGGUAAAUCCGAUCGCUCAAUAGAACUGACUGCAUUGAUUGAAAAUUUAUCUUCGAAUAACUCAUAUGAUACGAGCCAGCAUAAUAAUCCAGACCAAAAAGAUAACAGACUUGAUGAAAACACAGAAGGUGAAGAAUCAAAUAUUACAAACGAUACGUUGAACUUAUCAAUAGUAUCAGAUCAAAAUAAAAAUCGUAAAAGCUUAAAUCGUCCUAGACUGCUAACUUAUGAGCAACUUCAGCUCUUAGGUCAACUAGAUCCAAACUCCCAAAUUAAGUAA